AAAAAAAAAUCAAGUUAUGUUUUCUGAAAAGAAGUCCCAAACUAUUCAAAGAUGUUUAGAUCACUUUACUGGAAAACAGGAGAAAAAUAUGUAUUAAGAAAAUAAUUUUUUACAGUGUAGUUUAUCUGCCUAGAACAAUUGUCCCACCUACAAAAAGAUGAUUUACACUAUAGCUUACAAGUGAGUGUUUAAUGAUAUUCUUCUGCUCUCAUUUCUGAGGGAAUCCUCUGCAAUUCUUUGUCCCAUACCGGCUUCCAUGAUAAGUUCUUUACUGCAUGGUUUCUGCUUCUGAGGGACAAGUCAAAGUUAUUUUUAGUGCUAAUUGACAGCAUUCCAUUUGUAUUGAACCUCGAACAUUCUUUUAAAGAGUGUAACCUGGCAGCAUUUUAUUUGUUUUCUGUUUUUAUUUUUGUUUUUUCAUGGAUCUUGUCUUACCAAUCCAGAAAGUCAAAAUUCCCAAUGCCCUUUAGUAAGUCCUAUUCUCUUGGCUUCUUUCAUUAUUUUAGAUGGCUCUCUUCAUCUCCCUGUCUGUUCAUCCUUCCUUCCUUCUUAAAUAUCUCCCCCUCCCCCUUUUUUGUAGAUUUCCCCCCAGCUAUUUCUGUUCCUUGGUGUCUCAGUUUACUCUUUGUCCUUUUUAAUCUGCUUUUAGACAGAAAGAGUCAACCUUUUUCAUCUGAGUACUGCUUCAUCAUUUGUCCUUGCCUGUGUGUGUGUGUGUGUGUGUAUGUGUGAGAGAGACCCAGAACUCUGUCCUUCUCAGUCAAGCCACAGUGUUGACAGGCAAGAUAAUGGAGUACAGACGGUCAUCCAGGAUCUACACUUACUGCAGUCUACUUGGGACAAUCAAGGGGGGAGCUCAUCCCCCAUCUCCUAAUGAGAUUUUGAAGAAGCUUUCCUGGUUCAUCUGACAGCAGCAGACACAGCCGCCCAUGCUUAGCCCAUGUGAGGAUGGCACACAGAGGAUUCUGGGACAUAUCAUUUUAGGGCGUGGCAAGCAUUAAGGAGCCCCAACUAAGAAGAUCAUACAUUUGUUCCAGUUGUUAGUAGCCAGUAGUUUUUUUUUUUUUCUUCUUGUUCCUUCCUUUUGUCUGACUGAAUAUCUUUAGGAACAAGAACAAGAUUCUCUUUUUACUCCUGGGAUCCUUUAUAUUUUUUUCCCCUCAAUUUCUCUCGUUUUGUUUCUGUCAGAUUUAAGCUGUAUUAUUUUUCCAAGAGAGACACCAGGAUCUCUGUGCCUGCUAGGCAUUUUGCAGUAUCAUAGCUGUUUGGAGUGCUCUACAUUGAAAAAAAUUGGUAUUUGUUGCAAUUUUCCCUCAGAAAUUGCAAACAAUCACAUUGAAACCGCAAGUAACACAUUGAAUUAAACGUUAAAUUUUGAAGUAGAAAAACUGAAAUAGUAUUUUCUUGUAAAACAUACUCCAAUAAUAUUUAUUUACAACUUAGAAAAGUUGUUUUUUACAGUGUAAUUUCACAGGAGAGAUCUCAUAAUUUGCACACACAAAGUUCCUCAUCCCGUCCUGUUUAACUGCAAGAGAAGGGAACAGGUUUUUCCUCCUCUCUCUAUUUACCGACACACACACACACACACACACACACACAGAGCGAGAAGGAGUGCGUCAGUAGGAACUCGCUCACACACUCUCAGACAGCGUCAGACCGAGGUAGGGGCUGCAGAUGCACUCCUCCUCUCCUCUGCAUGCUGUUUUUCUCCCUCUGCUGUAAGCGACUGGAGAUCUGACCGAAGCGUGCUGCUGCAGACCGGGUGAGGGAGAGCUCCCUGCAGCCAGCAGCAGGAUGCAUCUGGUUGUGGAUUCCUGUCAGGAAGUUGUGCUGAAGAUGCUACCGUACUUUGUGGAUAAUGCAUUCGUCACACAGAGCCAGAUCUACCACAUUCUAAGUGAGAGCUUCUUCAUGGUCAAGGGGGCCGCACUGUUUUUGCAGCAGGGCAGUUGUCCACAGGGUCAGAGAGGUCAUCCUCACCACAAACAUGCAGGUGACUUACCUCAGCAUCUACAGGUAAUGAUCAACAUUCUUCGCUCUGAGGACCGCAUCAAACUGGCGGUGCGGCUAGAGAGCGCAUGGUCAGACCGCGUGCGGUACAUGGUGGUAGUCUACACAAAUGGCCGUCAAGACACUGAGGAAAACAUCUUGCUGGGGAUGGACUUUAGCAACAAAGACAGUAAGAACUGCUCUAUUGGGAUGGUGCUGCCACUGUGGAGUGACACCAAGAUUCAUUUAGAUGGUGAUGGGGGCUUCAGUGUGACUACCGCCAGUCGCACGCACAUCUUCAAACCGGUGUCAGUCCAGGCCAUGUGGUCUGCAUUGCAGAUUUUACACAAGGCGUGUGAGGUGUCACGAAGGUACAACUAUUUCCCCGGUGGCAUUGCGCUCACAUGGACAGGGUACUACGAGAGCUGUAUUGGCUCUGAACAGAGCUGCAUCAAUGAGUGGAAUGCCAUGCAGGACCUGGAAACACUGCGACCAGACUCUCCUGCAGUCUUUUUUGACAAGCCAACAGAGAGGGAGAGAACAGAAUGUCUAAUCAAAUCCAAACUCAGGAGUAUCAUGAUGUGCCAGGACCUUGAAAAUGUCACGUCCAAAGAGAUUCGCAAUGAGCUGGAACAACACAUGAACCGCAACCUGAAAGAGUACAAAGAGUUCAUAGACAAUGAGAUGCUACUUAUUCUUGGACAGAUGGACAAAGCCACUCUCAUCUUUGACCACCUUUAUCUGGGUUCUGAAUGGAACGCUUCUAAUCUAGAGGAACUUCAGGAAACUGGGGUGGGCUACAUCUUAAAUGUUACAAGGGAAAUAGAUAACUUUUUCCCAGGAACAUUCUGCUACCACAACAUCCGAGUGUACGAUGACGAGGCCACAGACUUACUGGCUCACUGGAAUGAGACCUACAACUUCAUUGUCAAAGCAAAAAAGAAUCAAUCCAAAUGCUUGGUUCACUGUAAGAUGGGCGUAAGCCGCUCGGCCUCUACUGUAAUAGCAUAUGCAAUGAAAGAGAAUGGCUGGUCUCUGGAGAAAGCAUAUAACUUCGUCAAACAGAAGCGCAGUAUCACCCGUCCCAAUGCCAGCUUCAUGAGACAGCUGGCAGAGUAUGAGGGCAUACUGGAUGCCAGUAAGCAGCGUCAUAACCGCCUGUGGCAUCCUGAUUCAGAUUGCGAUCACCCUGAAUGCCAGCAAGCUGCUUCCCCUUGCUGUGUAAAUGCAGAGACUGUGGAUCACAUCACCCCUGACCCCACAAAUCCCAGGGUCACCGUAUGCUGUGAGCCUACCGCCCACUCCUCUCCAGUUAGCCUAGAUCUUGACCCCAGCCACCCGCAAAACUACCACUACUACUUCCGCCGCCUGUCAGACUCGGCCCUCGACAGCAACCCUUCCACACCUGUCCAUGCACCGCCUCUGGUGGACGUAGAUCGUGUCUACAUCGAGGUUGCCGAUGUGGAGCAAGAUGCGCUUCUUGACGAUGAAACCUUCGAGGGUCGCGACGGCCUUCAUUUGCCCCAUUUUGGUGUCCCAGAAGAGGGCAUGGCCGCUCAGACCUGUUCUAGAGGGGCGGAGCCUCUGGAGGAACUACGUUUACGUUUGGAGUUCAGCACGGUGGAGGAGGAGGAUGAAGAGGAGGCUCAGAAAGAGCAAGCAGAAAUGGAGGCGUUAGCAGAGGGAGUGAAGAGAGGAGAUGGGAAUGAGGGAGGAAGGAAGGAUAGUGAGGAGUUGUCAAACGAAAAGGGGAUUGAUCUUGAAAGUCUAAACCAUCUGUGCAAUGAGAACUCCAACAACAAUAACCACCUCAGAUCACAUCAAAAUCUCACUGAAAGUGCCCAUCUGAAGCAGCAUGUUAAGCCAAGGCUUGCUCCUGGUUUGUUGUUCGCUUCCAAGCCCACCCAGAGUGCUCUGUUAGAGGCUAACAGACAAGGCCUUGCCCCUUUACCCCUCAACAGUGUGCCCAAUAUCUCUAUUCAGACGCCACCCUGUGCCAACUUGCCCAUGAUAGCCAAGGGUGGCAAGUUUGCCUCAGAUUCGUGCCUUGAUGCCAAUGCAAUGCCCUUGGGGCAUAAAGAUGAAAGCAAAUCUCUUGACAAAGAAACUGAUAACCGGACUCCGAUGCUUGAGGCCAAAGGGGAAGGAGAUUUCAGACAGAAAGAGACUGAUGCACAAGGUUCCUCUGCUCUACCCAGGAACGAGAGAGAGAUGAAGAGUUUGGAGAAGGCAGAGGCAUCUUGUUCUCCACAACAACAAGAGGCUCUGAUGCAGCUGCAACGCUCUGGCCUUGUUCGCCGCCGAAAAGAGCGCUUGGAAAAACUCUCCGGUCUCUUCCAGGAGCGUGCACGUGCAAAUGAGCAACGGGGAGCAAGUUCAAGCAAAACCGAAGAUGCAACAAACAAUUCCAGUGAUCCAACGGACCCUUUCCACAGGCCUUUUGGAACACGGGCAGAUUUCGCUACCGAAGCGGAAGUGCCACUGACGAAUGAAGCCUUAUUGGCGGUCCUUGGUUCAGGUGGCCUGACGCCGGUUUCAUCCCCGCAUGGUUCCACGCUCACCCGCAGCUCCAGCAGCGACAGCCUCCGCAGCGUCCGUGGCAAACCAGGCCUUGUGCGUCAACGUACACAAGAAAUCGAAGCCCGAAUGCGACUAGCGGGACUUACUGUACCUUCUCAACUAAAGCGUUCCAACUCUCUCGCCAAACUAGGCAGCCUCACCUUCUCGUCUGAGGACUUGUGCUCGGCGUGCUCCUCUGAUGCAGGGACCCUUCUCAUGCUCUCAUUGUCCCCAGAACCUGAGCACUCAUUCAGUCCAGAAUGGGCCAGACCUUGGCCCUCUUCCUCCUCCUCGACCUCCACCAACAUGGAGGUUAUCAACCAAGGCGAAUCUGGACCUGAAGAGUCCAAGAGCUGACAGUGGGAGGUGUUAAAGCAACAGUACCUUUGGUUUCAGCUUCAGCUGGAGUUCCGCAGCAAUGUUACUGGGAUAUUUAUAUUUAUAUAUUUUUUAAACAUUUCAGCCACUUGGGAACAUUGGCCAUUCACAGAAGUUCUUGCGGUGAACAGAUCUAACAACUUGGAUAAAGAGUGUCUUCUACAAAAGAAUUGCUUUCUGUUAUGAAUAUAAACAUAAUAUUCAAUAAAUCCAAAACCUUCUGGACAGGUGUAAUGCAUGUGUAUUGCACUGAGUGACGAACAGUUCAUGAGGUUUUCACUGCGCUUCCUCUCUGCUGUUCUGAAGCAAAAUAAGCACUCGCCAUCCCAAAGGCCAUUACUUGAAAGCGUCAAAAUAGACUAUUAUGUAAUGUUUCCAUCAGCCCACCCAUUUAUCACACCAUAAAUCACUUAAUUGUUGCCCGGAAUGAGUCACAGAUUCCUUCGGACAUGGUCACACAUUUGAAAAGGAUUUUAAAAUCAUCAACAACCUGCUGUGCUCACGCUUCCUGGCUGGAUGGUGAAAGGAAAUGGACUCUUUGCCGUGAUUAGGAAAGUUCUUUGUAUGCUGAUGGACUCUUAUCAUUCACAGAGCACUGAUCAUUCACUCACAGGUUUCAAACUAAUACCUCAUACCAGUACAGUACUGUUCGUAAGCCAGGCAGAUAACUAAACAGGAUGACUGGCAGCACUUAAGUGUUCACACACAAUGCAGUGUGUGUGGAGGCUCAUUGGGAAAGCUGAUGGAGGACCACCAAAAGAUUUGUUUGGGAUUCUUCCAUCUUUUUAAUACUUGAUGAUGGUGUUGAAAGACAAUCAUUUCGAAGGAUUAAGGAAAUCGGAGGCGAAUUCAAGCUGCUGUUUUCAAUCCACUGAAACGCUCAUAGAUGCAGUCGCUAUUCUAACGAAUGUGACUGUCCAUAUUGCUGUCAAAAUAGCGGUAGGGUUUUGGGGAAAUGUUUGGGUCACUAUUACUGUUACAUUCUCUAAUUGCACAUACGUGUUCUUGUAGAGAUUUUAUAUCAUCGGAAACUCCUCCAUUGUAGUUUCUCUGCUCCAUGUUUCCAAAUGUGAUACAAAUUAGUCAUUCACCCAGGUAAAGAGUGACUGUUAUUUUUAAAGACUUACUUGUUCCUGAGGCAGUGGCUUGGGUAUGCCAAUCUUAACUGAGGCUUUUGCAGUUUGCUGAUGAUUCCCACCAUGUUAUGGCUGUUCUAACUCUUUUUCCUGUUUGUACUCGCUGUCAGUUUUCCAUAAUGAAAUCAAUGUAAGGUAGAUUGGCCUUUUGAAUCAAAUCUAUAGGUAGAUUGAAGAUGAUUGCUCUGAAACAAGAUCAGACAACAGUUACAAAGCAAAGAUGUGGCAUGGUUUCAGUAACUGUGUGUGUGUGUGUCAGUAUGGAUGAAUCUCACAAAAGCAUGUCCAGGUCACAUUUUGCCCCAAAAAUCAGAAGAGAAAUAAUUAAUUAUAAACAUUCUAAAAUAUAACAAAUUAUAUUUUGCUUUUAGGAACUUAACCCCAUUUUUAUGACCAUAAACAUGCAAAUUUAUUAUUGUUUUUAUUCACAUUGCUCUCAAUGGUGAUUCCCUUUAGAUUCUAAUUAAUGCAAUGCAAAAAAUACUGUAAUACAACAAUGUUAAUAUUUGAAUUGGCAUUAAAAUUUUAGGUUACGCUUUAUUUUACAGUGCCAUAGUUACAUUGUAAUUACUCAAAUAAAUUAAUUAACUACAUGUACUUACUAUAGAGUUACGGUUAGGGUUUGGUUUAGGGUUAGUUACCUGUAAUUAUGCAUAAUUUACUGUUAUUACUAUAGUAAGUACAAGUAGUAACAUGUAACUACGGGAUUAAAAUAAAGAUUUAUUUGAUAUCUGGGGUGAAAAAAUAUCAAGACAUGUUAUCAAAAUAUCAGUGAUAUUCACCUCUGUGUCUGAGGAAACUUGCCAUACCAGUUGAUGUGAUCACAAAAGCUUUGAUAACAAACUCACCAAUGCAUCAAUCCAAAUGUUUCAUGACAUUUGUUCAUAUCCUGGUGUCAACAGCCCUUUAUUUACCAAUCAGUUGGUUGAUUACAGCUUGAAUUAAAGUACUUGAGGUUUAUUAUUAUGCAGCAUACUUUUCCAAUAUUUUUUAAACUGAUUUUGUACAUGUAUCUAUGCUACCACAUUGAGUUUGAGCAACAGAAAUGUGAAGUUUGUGAGUGUGUGCGAGUGAGCGGUGCCUUGCACAGCAGCUACACCGUUACUGUGAACUAUUUAUGAACACAAAACCCUUUCAGAGAAUGUGUAUGGUUUAAUGUUGAAAACAUGAGCAGGCUCAUAGUAUACACACGGUCUCCGCUUCCUCACAUAUACACACACAGCAGUACACUGUAUGUAAAUAUGUAUGUUGGUCACAUAACAGAAUUGCCUGGAGUUCAUGGUACUUGCAUCUGAAAGUCAACUUGAAUCAGUUCCUCUAUCCUGUAGAUGGUUGCCUGAAUGAUUUUUGGUUGUUUGGACAAGUAUCAGCACUAUUUAAUAUCAUGUCUGGGGCCUGAAUCUAAAAUCUAAAAGGAGAAAUAAGCCAGAAAGCUGUCUUGUGUCAUGAACCGUUACUUGCAUCCUUCUUAAUGUGCCCCGAACCCCCCUCCUCUCGCCGAAGUCUUUGCCAUUUUGUGUCUGAUGCCAUAUUGAGGUCAAAUCUGGGUCAGAGAUUACAGAUUAAAUGUUAUUGGUUGCCUGCAUUGUCUUGUGUCAUCAACAUCAAGUGCCUUACCCAGAAGCACUAGAGGAGGCAUUGUUCUUUUUUGACUCCCAUUUGAUAAUGUUGCCAGUUAAGGCAGAGGCCAAUGGGUUACAUGGGCACAUUUUAAAGCUGGUAGACAUUUUCCUGCUGUACACUCCUAAAUUGUAUUGUUGUAUUAGAGAAAAUAGAAACAGAUCAUUGACAUUUUGCAUUAUUUCCUUUUAAUUAAAAAGGAAGACACUGCAAACUCAUGAAAACUGUUAGGGUUGUCAAGUUUCGGGGGGUUUUCCUUUCUAAAGGAGCAAGGAAGGAUUUUAUGCUUUUCAAGUAUGAAGUGAUAACCAAAGUUUUGUGUUGAGGAUCAAUAUUAAAUGCCACAUUUGUUGAUGCUGUUGCUUACGGAACCACCACAGAUUCAAACUUUUUGCGUGGGAAAGAUUGUAACACUGGCUUUUUUUCCCAGAAUGUUACACUGGUUGUUCUGUUCCCAGAUCAUCCAUAGACUUUCCUCUAGUUGGAUAUUGAGCAUCAUUUUGUGAAUUAGCAGUGCAAAAUAGGAGCGCUCGCUACUCCUCACCCGAUCACUAUUGUUAUCAUUAUUAAGUAUGCAGUAAUUUUUUUUUUCUCUUUGUACUGCAGAUUUGCUGUAGUUUCAAUGCAUAUUGCACUUUGUACAUUUUGUUGAGAUAAUGUACUGUAUGUGUUUAUUAUGGGAAUAAACUUUUUCAUUCAAUCUU